UAAGGACGAUAACGGACCUGUCCUAGACUGAAGGAAUGACUUUACCUAGCUACGCUGAAGGAAUAAAACAGUGGCCAAGAUGUUGAUAAAGGUAAAAUGCGGAGGGACAAAGAAAUAUGUUAAAAUGGAAGACGUCAGCUUCUCAGACUUUAUCAGUGCAGUUCAGCAGAAGUUUCUCAUACCAGAAAGUACACCACUAAAAGUCACAGAUGAGCAAGGCAUAGAGGUGGACGAGGAUGUCUUUCCAGAACUUGCAACAGCCAAAGAAAUAUGUUUUAUCAUCUACACUGAAAAUGAUGUUCCUGUCCUGCAGCGAGAAAGUGAAGGGCCUUCCUCUCCAAGUUUAACAGAUACAUUGUCAAUCUCAAGCAGUCUAAGUAGCGACACAAGUGAUGCUGGAUUUCAAAUGAUUCAACCUGUCAUGGAAUUUACCCGUGCAAGAAAUACUGUGGAGCAGAUUCUCACUUCCAAGCCUGCAGGGAUGACUGUGAUCAAAGAGUAUGAAGAGACUGGGAGUUUGAAAGAUUCCACCAGGCGAUUAUUGGUGAACAUCAUUGUAGCUCACAUGCAUGAAAAGGAAGGGAGAGCUGUAAGUAAAGCAACGAAGGAGUUUCAUGCCUUUGGGAUUGUGUCGCUCUUCCCAUUUUUGAAAGACCCAUACUCAAAAAAGGGAUAUGAACAUUUCUAUGACAUGCAGAGCAACAAAGGCUUUCUUGAGUGGCGUAUAAAAACUGUGCAGCGUCAAUCCAAAACCUCAUCUGCAUCCCGUAACAGAGUGGAGCUGAAAGGAGGUCCCACAUCGUCAAGAACAUCUGGAUCCAUAGAUGACCAGCAAACAGGAGAUGAAUGUAUGGAGGCCAUGUCUCUUCUUCACCACAUUACUGACCGUGACUUUGUCUUCCAGAAGAUGAAAGAAACAUUCCAUUAUCGGCAAAAGGUGCUCCAUGACCCACAGCAAUCGGCAGACAUACUUCAAAUGUUUCCUCGUUUCUUGGACACUAAGGGACUGAUUUUGCAAGACUUCUUGAUGAUGUUUGGAGCAGAGACUGCUUCCAGGUUCCUGGAAAAAUGGAACACCAGUUUUAAAGACAAAGUAAUUCAAGAGGCCAGGACCCUCAGAGAGACGUCUCUCCUGAAAAAACAGCUGAAAUCUGCCCUGAAUGAAGAAUCUGACACUGCUGAUGAGCCAGAGUGGGACAGCGACAUGGCAUCUCUUCUUGUAUUGCUCCAUCUGCUAACUCCUCAACCAGCUGGAAGGAAGCGGCCCAAAAAGAUCAGUGUUGGAGAGGCAACUGAUCAUUUGGUUAAAUUUCACAAGUCUUGCCACAGCCUUGAAGAACAUCUCAUGACGAUCGAAGGAAACCCCCAGCCGUAUCUGCUGGCCACGGGGACUUCAAAAGCACAGGUUUUCACCUUCUACAUAGUCUUGGAUAGAAAGCUUCUUCCAUGUCAGUCUUCUACAUCUCUGGGCGCAUUUGAUGAGCUGUUCAAGUCCCAUUUUGUUUUCAGUGUGCAAUAUGAUGAUGCUCUGUCGAGCUUGUACAGAUUCCUGCAGACUACUCUGUACAAUAUCGAUAUAGGGACAACAGAAGAAACUCCAAGAGUCAAAGAGUUAAGAGCAAAGCUGUUAAACAAGCACUAAUUUGCUAAAGCAGCAAACAUGUUCAGAUGUAUCCUUUGUGCGUCAUCCUUUGAUACAGUUUUACUUCUGUUCAGGCACCUCAAAUUAAUUCAUGCAAUGUAUUCUGGGAAAAAUUUGAGACUAAAAUGUGGUCAAAUAGGAUGUUGCUUGCAAUUUUCAAGUUAUUCUGGAUUUAGAAGACAUCUAAUUAAGAUACAUGAUCCUACUGACAACACAUGUGUACCUCAUGAAACCCCUUCCAACUAUGACACUCAACUGCACAAUCAUUCUCAGUGCUUAAAUGAUGAAACACCCUCUACUUCAUCACAAUGCCAAAAUGUUGAAGCAGGCCCUUCACUGUCAACUCACAGCAAAGAUACGUGUGCCUCCAUCAUAGCCAAACUUUUGGGAAGCGGUGUACCAAAUACUGUAGUUCUUUCUACAAUUGAAAAUUUACAGGAAUUUGUGGAAGAUUUGCAGUCUAAUAUUCAGGACCAAGUAUUGAACUUACUUCCAGCUGACAAUCCCUCUAGAUCAGCCGUAGAAGAGCUUUUUAAAAGUAUGGACAACCCUUUUAGCCAGUUGAAUACGGAUAGCAAAUGGAAGAAGUAUUUCAGGGAAA